AUGGCAAACCUCCGGCUCACUCCUCCUCGUCCACCCCCCUCCCGCCCCACCCACUUCCCGGCGGACCUCCGUGACGCGGCAGCUGUCUUCCUGAGGACUGGCGCUACCACAGGGCCUUUCCAGCCGCCGUAUGGGGGCCCAUAUCGUGUGCUGCACAGGGGCGAGAAAUACGUCACCCUCGAGAUUAAGGGCCGUCCGUACGUCGCUUCCUGGGACCGGGUGAAGGCGGCUCACCUGUCUCCUGCUCCGCCCACGGAGCCGCCCCUGCUCCCACAGCAACACCUUCCUCCCGUGGCGGAGCUAUUGCGCCUUCUUCACCCCAGGGAGGUGGCACCGUGCUGCCUGCCGCCGCGGGACGCCACCGCGGGGAUCCCCUCCUCGUCGGCAAGCCCCAACCACCACCACCCACCCCAAUAUUUGUUGCACCAUGAACGGGCAAGGGACCCACCAACAUACGCGGUGGGCUACAGUUGA